AUGACCGAUAACAUACAUGUUGCCAGCGAUUUAGCAAAAAAUCAACUUUAUUCGGAUGUUGCACCCGAAGAUCUAAAAUGGACUUUAGCCUCUGGCUCUUCCACCGAAACUCAAACCUUUUAUUUAUUAUGGUAUCCUACAAUUCAAUUCACAGCAAGAUUUUUUGGUGAAGGAAUUAAUACCUUUAAGUCAGUUAACAUGUCUAAUUUUAAACUUUCAGAAGAUAGAUGUUCGGCAUCAGCAGAUAAUAUGUCAAUUGAACUUAAUCCAGAACACAAUAAAUAUAAAGUGAGCUUGCAACAUGAACAAGAAUUGAUAGUUUCAUUCGAGUUUGAACGUGUGGAUCGAGGAUAUAAAAUUGGCGAAGGUAAAACUUAUUUUGGAGUAGAUAGAUCAUCAGGAUUUGUGGAACAUAAGUUUUGGCCAAAAGGUAUUGUCAAUGGAACAUUUGUGGUAGAUGGAAGAAAAUUCGAUGUAUCUGGGACAGGAUUAUUUGUUCACGCAAUCCAAGGAAUGAGACCUCAUCUCAUUGCUUCCAAAUGGAAUUUUAUUAAUUUCCAAUCGGACAUUUCUUCAUUAUCAAUGUGUGAAUUUGAGGCAACACCUUACUAUGGUGGUGUGAAGGUUAAUCAAGGUAGUUUGAUGUUGAAUGAUAAAUUAAUUGGAGUAUCGAUUGAUAAUAAAGCAGAAUUUGUUGAAACUGAAUUGGAUCUUGAUACUGGUUAUAAUAUUCCAAAGAAAAUAAACUAUGUUUGGGAAGGUAGAACAUUAGAAGGUGGAGAGGAUUACACUGUUACAAUAGAAAUUGUGCCUACUAUUCUUAUGGAUAAAAUUGAUGUAUUAAAUGAAGUUCCUUAUUUUUUGAAAAAAAUUGUUCAAGGUAAAUUUAUUAUAUUAUUUAAAUUUUAUGUCUACAAUGAAUUAAUUAUAUAA